AGAAAGGGUAAGCAAUAUAUAAUAUUAGGAAUACUAGAAGUGUGUUUUUUUUUCAUUUAAAGUGGGUAUCUCUUUUUGUUUGUGCGAAUGCAUUGAGGUAACCGGCAUAACACCAGCAUUUUGCUAUCUAUAAAACUAGUCAAUAUCAACAGUAUUUAUUGUUUGUAUUGAAAGAUAUUUCUAUUUAGGUAACGUAGUAAUUUAGAAUAAGGUUAAACUAUCUGUUACUACCUUUAUUUAGGCCAUGAAUUGCUAAUUACUUACUAAUGCAAAAACCAUUCAACUAAACUGAAGAUAGUGAGUGUUGCCAACAGCGGGUACACAUUUCUAAAACAUUCUGUAAAAGUGGGCAUUUGUGCAACAACUAAAAUAUAUCUCGCUUUGCAGUAAAAACAAAAACAAAUGUAUUUGUGCAACAACUAAAUUAUAUCUCGUUGUGCAGUAAAAAUCAAAAAGAAAUAUAAGCGUUGAGUGAAAAUAAAUGAAGGAUUGAUUCAUUUCAUGAAAGUGUACAUAAAUAUAUUACUUGUACUACCUGGCAAUGCUAUCUGUUCUGCAAAUUUCACUGACACAUCACGUAUACAAUACUUGCUCCUGUAGUAUCGUUAGUUUAUUCUCUCCCACGCAUCGUUGUUUGCUAAAGUGAGAGCACAGUUAAGCUCAAGGUUUAUUCUCGGUUUAUUUCGCUUGAAAAAAGGUUUGUCUUUUAUGUGUCAAUUGUAUGUUAGAUAAAGUCAGCUAUACAGAAAUCUUUUGAUUAUGAACGAUUCAUCCCGUUGAUGGGAAUAGCAAAUGCAGCGGUAGUAAAGCUAUUCAACGAGCAAACGAAGCUGAAAAGUAGUUGCAGAAAGACGACAGAAACGAGUGCGAAACGGAAAAAAUUUUCGUGUCGGAAUCAUAAAAUUUUUACUGCAAGAAAAGAGAAAUAUCGCUCUAAAUACGCUGAAAAUUGUGUGAAAAAUUGCGUUAACAAGCAUUUAUAGUUUGUUUAUAAUUGAGUGUGUUUAUUGACGUAUAGAUUACAUGGUAAUCUUGUGGAAAUUUGCAUUAUAAAAGUGUCUUCACCGAAGUCACUGAAAAGAAGAAGCAUACAAUUUCAAUUCUGGUAUAGUGUGGUGGAGCUCCGCCAACAAAAGCAAAAAAACGAAACCAAGCGGUUGCGGCGACUACAUCGAUAAAGUGGAAGUAUUGAAUAAGUGUCGAUAGAAAACGCCAAUAUCGGAUGGUAUCUUGGAAAAGGAACGCAUAAGAAUUCAAAGAAGACUGAGGAUAUAGAUUUAAAAUACCACGAGGAUUCCCUUUUAACGAGGAACGGACUUAUAACCGAUUCGAGAAGUGUCUGAAGCCGUCAGUAGUUUUAUUUAUCUAACGCAUACCACAAAAUAUAAGUUUUCUCCAGCAACAAAGCAGUCCACCGUAGUGUGGUAGAUCAAACCGAAACGCAGCGGCUUUUCCGCCGUUGAAAGUGAACCAGCACCCUUCGUCAUCAUACGGCGUUGUGGAGUGUAAAAAUAAAUCUCAUUUACAUUAACAACAACAGAAAAAAAGCGAGAAUAUACAAAAUACUGUCUGUUAGGAAAAUCUUUGCAGUUUAUAUAUGAAACAGACAAAAAUUAUAUGCUGAAACUGGAUUAAUUUCAAAUUUGUCAUUUUGAGGUUGAAAGUGGCCGGAUCUUAUAAACAAAAGUUCGCAUCAAAAAAGUCCCAUUACAAAAACAAAAGAGAGAAAACCGAGCUAUUAUUAAAUAAAAGAAAUUUGAGCAAUUGAUUUGUAUACUCUUCACAAUAAUACCCUUUCAAAAGAUCAGAUAAAGCUGAAAAACUCGCCAGUGUAGAACAACAGUCGCUGAGCUAUUGUUUUAAUAUAGAGCAGAAUAGCCAAAGAGCGGUGUAUCUUCAAUAAAAGAAUCGAAACGUGACAUUUUUGUGCAACAAUACGUGGUUGCUGCGAAACCGAUAAUCUAAGUCGGGCAGAAAUAUAGUCAUCUGUUUAGAUCAAAUAGUUAGCUUUGACGCUUUUUCACUCUGCUAACUUACAGACUACUAAGUGAAAGACACAGUUACAAACACAAAAAACAAAUAAACAAACGAAUAUAACACACUGCGCAACGAGCUGCAGUACUCGUAAAGUAGAAGUGGUGAAGUGAGUGCGGCGCAAGGGGGAGGUAACGCUAAUGAGGAUCUACUGGCAGCAUGAGUACACUGGGGGGAAGUAGGGGAGAGCGAAAUGCCAAGCCCAAGUUCUCAGCACUCGAUAUAAAUCGAAUGUACAAAAAUAGUCGCGGUGAACCAGCUGAACCAUCUGCACAAAAGAAUCAAGUGCCACGUAAACAUGGAAUGCAAAGUUUGGGCAAAGUGCCGUCCGCAAGGCGUCCACCAGCUAAUUUACCAUCCCUGAAAGCUGAAAUAACAAAUUCGCCAAAUACGAAUAACAAUCUAAUACCAUCAACUGGACAAGAAGUCAACUCAACGAGCGGCGGUCAAAUAACAACACACACACCCACAGGAGUAGUAAAUAAUCAACAGCAACAACAACAACAACAACUAAAAAACAUCAGCAACAAAUCCGCACUUGGAAAUAGUAACAACAAUAAUAACAACAAUAGCAUUAGCAACAGCGUCGGUGGUGUAAAACUUGUUAACAAUUCAACAGGUGUAAGCUCUGGCGGUAGUGGCGGUCAACAGCUGCGCAACUCUUCAGUAGCGAAUCACGCCAAUCAACAACAGCAACGAAACUCGCCAAUAACAUGGUCUGCUGUGACAACGGGCAACGACUUGACCGGCGGUGGCAAGGGCAGUGGUGGUAUUGGGGGCAAAUCGUCGGUACCGCCACUCUAUCAGAGUCCACAGUUUCAAUACGAAUUUCCAACGUUAGAUGGCACAGUUGGCGGCGGCGCCGGUGGUGGUGGUGGUGGCAGCGGCGGCAGCGCAACGACUCGAAACAAACAGCACCAGCCACAACAGGAGCAUUACCAUCAUCAACAACAGCAACAACAACACCAUCAUCAGCAUUCGAAUCAACAGCAACAACACCAUUAUCAUCAGCAGCAACAUUCGCAACAAAAUCAUCAUCACCAUCAUCAGCAGCAUCAUCAUCAUCAGCAACAACAACAACAACAACAAAAUCACCAUCCACACCAACGAGACUACAACAACCAGCAGCAACAUGGAAGUGGCGGCGGCGGCCGGCACGCACACGAUCAGCGUUACGAUGCGCACAAUUACAAAGAUGGCAGCGACGGAGACGGUGGCAGCGAUUACGUUUAUCAACAACAACAGCAGCAACAUCAUCAUCACCACCGCGAACAGCAACAGCAGCAACAACGCGAACUGAACGAAGUGAGUUUGCGUCCACAAACCGAUGCGAACACCUGGUUACAGCAGCAGGAAAAAUCAGGCAAGGGCACAACCGAAGGCCAGUCGAACCAACAGGGCCAGGGCCACCAGACACAGAAUGCGAAUGCUGCAGGUGCAGCAGUACCGUUGCCCAUCCUGCAGUUAAUGCCAUCGUUUAUGCAGCGUGGUGCACCAUUGCCGCCAGCUGGCAGCGGUGGCGGGGGUGGUGGUAGCAACGGACCACGCUCACAAACACCACCAAGCUAUCAGAACGGCAUUGGUGGCAAAGAUACGGGUGGUGGAACAAUGCGCUCACAGCAACGUGCGACAGGUGGUAAUGGUGGUGGAGCCCAGGACUAUCGGUCGGGUUCCCCAGCUGUUAGCAGUUUCCGUGCUGCAACUACAAUACCCAAGAGACCACCACAAUUGGCCACACCCCCAUUAGGUGGUACGCAAACCCCUAACUGUGGUGUUCGGAAGGAUAAAGAAUUCAUCAUUGAACCAGAAGUGGUGCAGAUGCAACGACCAAUUAUACGCGAAGAAGAUUUGGAACGUCUAAAUGCUAUAGCCAAUGAUGAUAGUUGGACAAAACAAGAUGAUAUAGAUUACACGAAAAAGCUGACAUUCUCAGAUGAUGAAUCGCCUGAAGAGCAUACGCCAACGCAAGAGCGUGAUCGACCAGCAUUCAAUAAGUCGAGCGGCAGUAGUGGCGGUGAUCUACGCAAGAGCUCCAACGCGAGCAGCGUGAAUAACAGUUGGCAACGUAGCGGUAGCAUUAAGGAACAACGUGAGAGUGCCGAACGCGAGAAAUCGGCUGAUCGUGAGGAUACACGUCAGCAAAAUGGACAUCGCAGCAGCGCAGCGGGCAGUAUUUCCUUGGAUGCGGCCGUGUACGAACGUGUAAAGCAGCGUAAAGAGGAGGAGGAACGACGCGAAAAAGAGCGACGUGAAGCGGCCGCACGUAAAUUACAAGAGCUCGAAAUGAAAAUAUAUAAUAAAAAGGCAGCGAGCGCAGCAGCUGCUGGAGGAGUUGUCGGCUCAACAACUGUUGGGGCUGGUGGCGACACAGUAGAACUACCGACUCCGCCACCAUCCAUUGGCGGUGGAAGUGAGGAGGAAUUUAAUAUGCGUCGCAGCGGUGGUAGCAGGGAUUACGAACGAGGAAAUACACGUGGCAGCUAUGACACACGUGAUGUGCGUGGAGGCGGUGACUAUGUGCGCGGCGAACGUGGUGUUGGCACUGGCAGUGGGGUGGGCACCCAAGGCGUUGGCGCUGGUGGCAAACCUAUUUUUUCUGCACAAUUCCAAUCGAAUUUGCCGCCACGCUUCCAGAAGCAGCAGCAAAUGCAAGCGCAGCUAGGUGGUCCACCUAUUAGCGGUGGCGCAUUAAGUGGCAAUGGCAAAGCGUCUGGUCCGUUGGGUGGUAAUUUAGAUAAAUCGGGCUCGGCAACGUCCGCCUAUGAGCCCGGAGUAGGCCGUUAUAUGCAAAAAGGUGGUAAUGGCGGUGGUGGAGGGCCGCUGCAACGUGGCGGCCGUGGCGAUUAUCGUGACAAUUAUACACGCGGCGGUGGUGGGGGCUAUGGGCGUAUACGCAAUGACAGUGAACGCGACGACGAACCACGCUAUCAUGGUGGACGUGGUGGACGAGGUGGUGAUGAUUACAUGCGCGGCAAUGGCAUGUCCCAAAAUCAGUUGUCACGCAGCAUAUCGGAUACUUCUCAACGCAAAACUAGCGUCUCGUCCAACGACGAAUCUAGCAAGUACGGUGGCAACAGCAGCUUGAACGAUUCGAAGGAGUUUGGCAGCGCCGCACUUGUAUCGUCUUGGGCUGAGGAGACAGAUGCCGAGCUGAAACGCCAACGCGAAGAGAGUUUCUCUUCGACGCAUAGUCAAGAGUCACUACCCAUAAAAAUAUUGCAACGUCCACAUACACAGAAGAGUGUGUCGGAGGAGGAGACUUCACCACUUCAACAGCAGCAGCUGCAACAACAUUCACACUCCCAACAACAGCAAUUGCAAUCUCAACAGCAGCUAACGCAACAACAACAACAACAGCACCAACAUCAAGCACCACAUCGGCGCAGCGAAAGUGAACAAACAACGCUUUUUGCACCCACUCAAAUUUUACGCCGCUCCGAGUCGUCGAGCGAUGAGAAACCCAAGCAGCCGCAACAAACCGGCAGCGGAGACGCAGUUACGGCAAGUAAAAUUACCGAAGAGAAGACCGCAACGAUAACAAAGCAGACCACAGACGUCGAAUCUCAACAAAAGAAGCGUAAAGAAAGUGAGAGUAGCAAUUCUGCAGCUCCAAUCCAUGCAGGAGUUAGGAAGGAAUCUGUAUCGACUGAUGACAGCAAAUUACUGGUUGAUGAGAAUCGUUCAGCAACAUCUUUAAUAGCAGUAAGUCAACCGCAGCGUGAGGCAAAAAGACCUAGUACACGUGGUGGCGUUGUUGGCGGAGGUCGUGAUCGAGGUGGUGAACGUGAUCGCGAUCGCGAUCGUGACAGAGACCGGGAACGGGGCCCACAUUCACGCGCUUAUCCUGGCAGCCGUGGUGUUCGCGAUUGGAAUCCUCGUGCCACACGUGGUGGACGUUACUAUGGUCCCAAUGAACCGCGGUUACCCAGCGAAUCGGAACAUUCGGAGGAUGUCGAUGAAGAGGCAUAUGGCGGAGGUGGACGACGUGGGGAUCGCCAAAGUCCUAAAGUCCCACGAAAAGACCACGGUGGUCAUCGUAGUGGUGGCGAAGAACGUAAUUCUAAGGAAGGUUUCGCACCACGUGGUGAACCAUCGCGUCGUGGUCGUGGCGGUGGCGCGAAUAUUGGUGAUCGCGCCGAUCGUGGAGAGCGUGGCGAUCGCGGUGAUCGUGGGACUUCAUCGUCGUAUCGACGUAACGAUGGCGGCGGUCGCGGUCAAGGUCGUCAUUAUGGGCGGCAACCCUACGAUGAACAUCAUAAAGAUCAUAAGCGUAGCUCCGAGUCGGAAACAACAGGUGGUGGUAGUGAUGUUGAUAAAACGAAACAAAACCAAUUAGCACUUAGCGCAGGACUUUCUAAAGUUAAAGACUCCAAUGUGACUACGACAACAUCUGCAGAUGAAAAGACGCGUACACAAUCUGGCGGUAAGCAACAGACUCCUACACAAGGCGCUGCAAACGCGCAACAAAGCAAGAAGGCCAAUAUGGUUGGCGAGGCAGAAAAGAAGGGUGCUACCCCCACUCCACCAAAGCAGUUUGGUAGCAAUAUUGGAGGUGGGACGCAAAGUCGCAAAGAGAGUACAUCGAGCAGUAAAACUGAUGAGAUCGCCGAACGUGAACGUAAGUCCGCAUCCAAAGAAAAGGAUUUACCCAGUGGCGCCGUGCAACAGACGCAACAACAGCGUAGCAAUAAUUCGGUUCAAUUGCCCGCAGCGCAACGCAGCAGCUCCAGUGUUGGUGCAAAGAAACAAGAUUUACCUAUGGCCUCAUUGCCCACAUCGCAAUCGGCUUCCGCCAUUGGCACUAACAAAAUCAACCAGCAAUCGCAACAACAAACGGUGACGAAACCUCCACCCGGUCUGGGUAACGUCAACAGCGGCGGCAAUUUCAAGCCUACAAAUAGCCCUUCGCUACCAAAUCAGAGUGUUGCUUCGCAACAGCAACAACAACAACAGAAACAAAACGUCGAACUACUAAAGAGUAAAUCGGAUACAAACCCCGUUACAACGAAUGCGGUACGUCAACAGCCGCUCGCACAGCAUCGCACUUCCAUCAGCGAGAUGGACAAAACGAAAUUGGCUGCCGGCCUCAGUGAGAAACCGAAUGCAGUUGUUGCCGGGGGGGGCAGCACUCUAUUACUAGAUGGUGCACCCGUUAAUACGAUUAUCUUCGAAAACACCAACUACAAACAACAAGCGCAGGCGGCACAGCUUAAACGCUCCUCCGAGUCUCUGAGCUCAGUCGUUAGCAGCGGUGUAAGUGUCUCCGCUGUUGAGACGCUAAGCACGGCGCUUUCGCAGAUGUCUUUCGCCAAAGGGAACGAUACGACAGUGCCUGGCGGCGUCGUGGUGGGAUCUGCUGCGGGAGACUACGACAAAGAUAUGAAGUUAGGUUUCACUUUUGGUGAUGCCACUGAAACAUACGUCUCGGCGGUGCCUAACAAGUCGCCAAUUGAUAGCGAAUCCAAAGUUGUUAGUGUGGUUGCGCAACAAGUAGCUGUCACCGCUGUCGGACAACAACAACAUCAGCAGGUGCAGCAACAACAGCAACAGGCGCAGAAUAUUAUUUCAACUGCGGAUUUGAAUAUGAAAAUUGCGAGCGUGAAGAAGGUAUGGGAAAGUGUAGCGCCUAUGACAUCUGAGGCGAGUUCGUCGGCGUUACAGCAUCAGCAAGUAGCACACCAACAGCAACAGCAGGCACAACAAGUCCAACAACAGUUGCAGCAUCAACAGCAGCAGCAACAACAACAACAGCAGCAACAAGCCCAACAGCAAUUAGAGGUGGUUGAUCCAAGUGGACAUAUGUCGGCGGCUGCCUCAUUUGUGGCAGCUGUUGCAGCAUCGCAACAACAACAUCAGCAGCAACAUAUGCCACACUAUGCAGUCGCCGCUGUGCCACUGCAUCAACACCAACACCAUUCCCUGUCCUCGCCGGGUCCAGUGCCAAGCGGCUACGGCAGCCAUGGCUCUCCCUUCGACGUCGCCACACCACUCGAUCAGCAGUUCGCACAGAGCGGCAGCAUUGUGGUGGGCGGCGCCGAUGAUCCGACUAGUGUCGUUGGCUAUCCCAGCCCACAACAGACACAACAACAGCAGGCGCAGUCUGCUGCCGCUGCACAACAGCAACAGCAAGUGCUGAAACACCCAGAUGUUGUGAAACAGCAGCAGCAGGCGUCAGCUGCCGCAAAACAAUUGCAACAGCAUCAUGGCUCUUCGAUGGGUAUGUCACCACCACCUAAUAUGCAACAACAACAACAACAGCAGCAGCAACAACAACAGGCACAGCAUCAACAAUCAGCAGCUGCGCAACAGCAACAACAAUUGCACGCAGCACCGCCCUCCUUCUACCAAGCAUCACCACAAUUCACCGGCAUACCCAGUCCCCCAACUGUCGUGUUCAAUUCAUCGCAAAUGGCACCACCACCCUCACAGGCUGGCCUCUACGCACCAUUCCAUUCACUCGAUCAUUCGAGCCGUUCACAAUUCUCAGCCGCCGCAGCGGCGCACAGUUUCCCCGGUCACUAUAGCGCAGCGGCGGCGGCCGCUGGUGGACCUUUUAAUGCAUAUACAAUGCAAACGCCACCUAAUAUGGCUGCUGCACCCACACCCGAAAUGUAUUCCAGUCUAACGUCACAGUUCCGCAUGGGCGGAGGUCCAUCACCCUUUGGCAAUCCAAAUUCCCAACAGCUGAGCAAUCCGAAUGCACAAGCAGUGACGAUAAUUUCCUCUAAUUCCAAUUCGAUGAUGUCUUCGGUGGGUUCGGUAAAGCCACCGCCAUCAUCGCAACAACUCGGCACGAUCGGUUCGAAAGGUGGCGGUGGUGGCGGUCCUUAUGCAGCACAACAAUAUCUGUAUGGUCCACCACCACAGCAUCCACAAGGUGGUCCCCCGGGACCACCUGGCGCACAUCAAUUGCAAUCGAAUAGUUACUACUCGAAUUCGGCUAGUGGACCGAACGGACCGACAUUCUACGGUGGUCCACCACAAGGCGCAGGCGCCGGUGCGCAAAACUUUGGUCUAGCAGCUGCAGCUGCAGCUGCGGCUGGUCUAUAUGGCGGCCAUCAAGGCGGGCCGCCCGGUUCUAAUGGUCCACCUGGACCACAAGGCCCACCUGGUCCACAGUCGCAACAUACAAUGGGCAACUUUAAUACACCAUUUAUGAAUUCGCAGUUACUGACGGCUGCGAGUAUUAAUCAAUUUCGUGCAGGACCGACGCCCCAGCAGCACGCAGCUGCCGCGGCCGCAUACAUGAAAUCUGGACAAGGACAAAGUCAUCUGCAAGACUCGAUGGGACGCCAACUAAAAAGCCCACUCGGCGCUGACGUCAGUUUAAGCUUGGCCAAACAGGUGCAAUCUCAACCUAGUCCACCGCACCACAAGAACUAUGGCAGCUGGGAUCUGCAAAAUCAAGUAAUGCAGCAACAACAAGCACAACAACAAUCUCAGUCGCAGCAGCAACAGGCCGCGCAGCAACGUGCUGGCGGUGUCGGUAGUGUAGGUGGCGGAGGUAACGUACAGAAUAUGCCACCCGGCAGUCGUGGUGGUGGUCCACCAGGCGUACAAGGUGGUCCCGGCGGCGGUGGUGUUGGCGGACAAGGUGGCCAAGGACGUUAUCCAACACCAAUACAGCGCCCUAAUAAUUAUCCCCAACAUCCACAAGGUGGCCCACAGUCACAACAACAACAGCAGCAGCAACAACAACAACAACAGCAGCAAUCACAAGCAGGCCAACGACCAAAUAACAUGCGGCAAGGACCUGGUGGUGGGCCACCCGGCAGUGGCGGUGGUAAUGGACCACAAGGUGGUGUUGGUGGCCCUGGCGGUCACAAUAAUGGCAAUGUAGGCGGUGGUCCCAAUGGUGGUGGCGGUCAAGGUUGUGGCCCUGGUGGUCCAAACAAUGGUGGUGGAACUGGCGGUCCCAACGGCGGUGGACAAAUGAAUAAACCCUACUAUGCGAAUAAUGCGGGCGGCGGUGGAAGUCGAGCAAACCAUGCUUAGAGCUCUUACGGAUGCAUAAUUAAGUGUUCGGUUAAUUUUGAAGGCUGAACAAAAAGCAAUUCGCCAGAAUUGGAAAGGACGAGAAAACGACACAAAAGCAGCAACAGCGAACUGUUUUAUUGAGUGUAUAUGCACGAAGAAUUAGAAUUAACUACUAAAAUACUUACACGUGAAAAUAAAGUUAAAAUUUAACAUAUUAGCAGAUCCAAAUUGAAAUAAAAAUUAACAUACAUAUAUACAUGCGUUAGUAGCAAAUAUUGAAUUCAACUAAAGAAAUAGAGUGUUCACACAUAAGCAAUCAGCAAGAUGGAGAAAAGCGUACUAUAGUGAAAUGCUGGCGUACGCUAUAGUAAAAUGUUUUUCACUUUUCACAAAUAUAUACUAAACCAACUGAAAAAAUCACGCCACAAAGGAAUAAUAAAAAGGCAGUAAUAGUAGCAGUAACGUCUAGCCAACUAGCCGAAGAAGUAAGAAAAUUAUUACUAGCUCACGAGUAGCGCGUUUAAACAACAAAAAAAAAGCAAGCGGGAAGCGGAAACGAUGCAGGGAAACAAAAGAAUGGCAGCAAAAAUGAGUGCGAAUGAUAGAAUUCCAUAUACAUACAUACAUACUUUAUUAUGUUACGCCAAUUUAUUCAUAUAAUUAUAAUUAUUUUUAAAAAAUAUUAACAUUACAACAUAUACGUAUGAACAUAUAUAUUUUUAAUUAGCCUACAUGAUAUUGAAAAUAGUUUUCUUUUAUAUAAAUAAUAACAGAAGAACCCUAUGCAAUUUUCUAUUGUAAUUAAAAAGAACAAAAUGCAGAAACACAAUAUGGCUGAUACAUUAGUUGUAUUUAAAAAAAAAAAGUAAAUAAAGCAAACCACAAGUAUAUACACUAAUGUAUACCUAAAUUAUUAACCGGCAA